UGGGGCUCGAUGAUACGCGCCGAGACUAUGCCGCCCGCAAAACGUGAGGCUAUCAUACGCGCUGUGAAGCGACUUAAACAACGGGUGAUUUGGAAAUGGGAGAACGCCACGCUGGAGCACAAGCCGGAUAAUAUGUAUGUUAGCAAGUGGUUGCCACAACGCGACAUACUCUGUCAUCCGAAUGUGAAGGUGUUUAUGUCCCAUGGCGGUUUAUUGGGUAGUUCAGAGGCGGCUUACUGUGGUGUACCGGUAGUGGUCACGCCCAUGUUUGGUGAUCAGUUUUUGAAUGCGGCGGCGUUCAAGUAUCGCGGUAUGGGUGUGGAGCUGAAAUAUGGCGAUAUCACCGAGAAUUCAGUGCUGAGUUCAAUAAGAGAGGUGUUGAAGAAACAAUAUAUGGAUAACGCCAAAGCGGUCUCAUUCUCCUACAGACAUCGUCCGCAGAGCGCACUCGAGACCGCCAUCUGGUGGGUGGAA